UAUACCCCUAACGAAAAACCACGAAGCAGUCUGAAAUUCGACUCUUCUUGCUUUGACACCGUAUUUGACUAUUGAUUGCUCGGUAACAAUGCGCGCUCAUCAAAUAUUCGUUGUUGCCAUUGCUAUUUGUAUGCAGAUCCAUCUUUCAUUUGGUGCUGGGCCCGUAUUUAAUACUGAUUGUAAUGAUGCAACUGACCCAUGUCCCGAUGGAGCAACCUGCUCUACAACUCCUCCAACUGGUUGUACCUGUGACGAUGAGUUAUUUCCAGUAGAUUCUGGCGUAACGCUGGAAGGCAUCGAACUCGUGAUUUGCCAUGCGCCUUGCAACCCGUCAGAUGGCGCUGCUGGUGACUGCAAUGGUAAAGGGGCUUGUAUACCGUAUUAUGGAACUUUCAUGUGUGACUGCGACGAAGGCUAUGAAGGAGAUUUCUGCGAAACUGAGACGACAACCACCACAUCCACAACAACCACCACCACCACCACCACAACUCCCACCACUACCACAACCGUCACCACCACCACCACCAAGAAAAAGACUGGCAUACUUGCGUUAUUAGCUGCUGGACUCGGUGGUCUUGUUCUGCUGGGUGCCGUUGGGGCUGCAGCUGCGUCAUCCUCCGGUUAACCGGUUACGCACCUCCCUGAGCACCUUCUCACACAAAUGACACAGAUCGCACCUUUUAUUUGCUAGUCAAUGUGAGGAAUGGAGAAAAGAAUAAAUAAUCUGCAUCAU